AUGGAUAAUACGUCCUUUUCAUUACCGCCUACUCGUCGGACCAAUCAAGCCUGUGAUGCUUGUAAACUGAGAAAGGUCAAAUGCAACGGUCAAGCAAAAUGCCAACAAUGCAGUCAUCUCAACCUCCGCUGCGUCUAUUCCGCGCCCAAACCAAGAACAAAGACUCUCAAACGUGGAAAACUCAUUGCGCAAUACAAAGAAACCACCAACGGACGCGCCGAAAAUUCAGACUCGAGUCCUGCUCAGCCGUCACCCUCUGUGAUCAAUCAUGAUGCCUCAUUCUUUACUAGUUUCUUGGAUGAUUAUGACGUCUCCGUCUAUCCUGUCAACCCUAUCAUGACCGUCGACGAUGUGCUGGCCUCAAUCAGAGAGAUGGACCAAAGCGCAGAAGCAAAAACUUUUGUAUAUGCCUACACAGCCAUCACAAUUGCCUUGACCAACAAAAGCCCGGACACCUCGAUUGACUCUCAGUCGCAAGUGAGAUAUUGGCUCGAGGAACUCAUCAAGGCCAGAGCAGCUAUUGCAUUCGACGAGAAAAUGUCAGUUCGAAGGGUCAUGAUCAGCCAGUUUGCUCACAUCUCUCUAAUGUGUCUCGCCAACAUGGACAUGUCGUUCUACUACGUCCGCGAAUCCAUCACCAUGAUUCAGAUGCUACAAAUCGGCCACCCGGAAGUCAUGGAGAAACUCAACUCGAGUGAGCGAGCGCGCAGACAGAGGUUAUACUGGGAAGUCUUCAUUCAUGAAAGAUAUCUGGCCAUAUCCAAUUAUCGACCUGUAGUCCUACCGCCUUUGCCCGAUCUUCCGGAGUUCGAUCCAUCGAUACCCCCUGGCGUACACGAAGGCUUCUCGCAGAUCAUCCGACUCUUCCGUCUCAUCGAUGAAGGAUUUCUUGCCAACUGGUUCGGCACCACAACCGUGACACGAGAAUGGAUUGACAGCAAACACAAAGAGAUCGACGAGGAGCCAGUCGCAAACGAAGCUCACGUCGGUGUGACACCCCUCACAGAUAUGCAACAGGCGGAUUUGAUUGUCACGAAACACUGGUUGAGAAUGUUGGUAUGGCAAAUGGCCAUGUCCAAAUGCUUGCUAAGCUCGGUUUCGUCGAAAGAAUCUUUGUCAUUAUCUUUCCCAGUGCGAUUGUCAAUACAGUUGCGAGCACUAAUGACGCGAUUUUCCCGUCAAGCUAUCGAGAUCCAUGGCUCGGGCAUUCAACAGAAACUCUUCGAGCUGACAGACACGAUCGCUAAUGUUAUCAUCACCGUCCCCGCGACUACAGUCCAGGAAACAGCCGGCCGAGUCGACGAUUUUACCUUCCUGAUCAGCUUCCUGUUCUCUUUGCCGACCUUCGACUUGGUUCAGAGAGACAUUUUGCAGAACAAAUUGGAACAGUUACAGUCGCUCUUUCCCUACUCUGCAAGUGAAGCCGGCGCAUCACCAGCAGCUAGCGAUGUCACAUAUACUUCAAAUGGCAGAACGCCACACUACGACCUUCCAUCGCCUCCCUCGCGCGUUGUCUGGCACGAGAUGGCGAAGAAGUUGUCAAUGGCUCGGCCUCAAGAAACCCCUAGGUCGGAUUCGACUCGUCUUGUUGAAGGCGUCUGA